AUGCUGUCGCGCACGCCACACCUCGUCGAGCUUCGCCUUCAGGGUGUUUUGUUUGGCGAUUCCGUGCUGGCUGAGGGGCCGACUGCCUCGAAUGACAACUUGCCGCUCUUGACGAUUCGCCAUGUUUUGUUUCGGAGCGUCCGCUUUACAAAAGCGGGUUUUGAUGCUAUCUUGAGCUGGCUCGAUCGCGUCACGACCCUCGACCACAUCGACUGGAGGUUUUCCACCUUUCUCAGCGACAAUGUGGACUGCGCAGUUCGAGCAAUCCAGUGCUGCGUCAAGGCCGGUGCGCGCUUCAUCAGCUUGAAUGGCUGCGGGUUUCAGCUGCAGAGCACGGUAGCGUUGGCCAAGGGGUUUCGUUAUAUUCGAUCUCGUCACAGCAUCGAAUUUGACCUUGGGAGCAAUCGGAUGUAUCUUGGUGGGACGCGGGCGCUUCUCAAGGCGCUUGGGGCGUGCACGAAUGUCUCGAUGCGACUCCACUCAGAUACGAUUCCGCUCAUAAAGGACUCUGACGCGCAGCUAACGAAAGCGCGAGCAUCUGGCGUCACCGUCGAGUGGACGGGCAAGAUCCUCUGGCUUCGCAGUCCCGUCGGUGAUCUCGAUGCGACGCCAGCCAAGUAAACAGUUAACAUCCAUAUGCACUUGACUUGCUCUUUUU